AUGUCUCAGCAGACACAGAAGGACAUCAAGCUCAAACUGGUUCUCUGUCAACUUGAGACUCAGAGCAACUUCACCUUCGUGAACUCAUCAUCACCUCAACCCCACAGAGACCAAGAGGAGCAUCUCCAGAAAAUCUGGGGCCUUCAGUCCAGGACUGUUGUCCAGAACUCCAAAGUCCUCAACAAUCCCUCGGUUCCUCUAUCGAAGCAGAGGCUUUGGGAAAUCCCCAAGUCCAAGUCCAACCCAUCGGUAAAAAUUAAGCUUCAGCCCAUCACGAACGUUCAAGGACUCUCCAAACCGUCGAGGUUGUUCAGCUGGGGCGACUUUUACUCCAACAUCAAAACCGUCAAGCUGAAUUUGCUGAUAAUGGGGAAGAUCGUGGAUCACGGCAACGGCUCUCUCGGCGUCUACUUCCGUCACAACUCCACGGGUGUUGGCAACGUGUCGGUCAGCCUGGUCCCGCCCAUGAAGGAGGUGGCGUUCGACCUGGAGCGCCAGAGCGUGGUCCACCCCAAGGAGUCGAAGACGUUCAACUGCAGGGUGGACUACGAGAAAACCGAACGCAGCAAGAAGGUGAUGCUGUGCAACUACGACCCGUCGAAGACGUGCGACCAAGAACAAACCCAGAGCCACAUCACCUGGAUGUGCUCCAAGCCUUUCCAGGUCAUCUGCGUCUACAUGUCGUUCUACAGCACGGAUUACAGGCUGGUCCAGAAGGUCUGUCCGGACUACAGCUCCCAGGUCCCACCCUACCUGCCCACAGGGUAAACAUGGGGCCAGGUGACGAGGAUGAAGGGAGGAUGCAGUUUGAGCCGUUCAAAACUUUAUCCUAAAAUAUAUGGAAUGCUGUUUGUACAGUAAGUGAGUCAAAUAUUAACAGCAAUAAUUUGGAUUAUUUAGCCUGUUAUAAGCGGGGAAAAUAGGUUUUCUUUCCAUAUUCUCACCAUAUUAUUCAUUCACUUAUAAAUGUCCCAGUUUCAAAGUAAAUAUUCAUUUAGCAAGUUACAUAUUUAGUUUACUAACUAGAUAUUUAGACCCAAACAAAAGAUUUAGCUUGCUAACAUUUUAAUAUUUAGUUUGGAACAAAAUCUUUAGCUUGCUAACUUCUUAAUAUUUGUUUGGAACUAAAUAUUUAGUUCGGAGCUUACAAGCUAAAUAGCUUUAUAGCUUGUAAGAAACAACCUACCUAAAUAUUAGCAUGUUAGCUCACUAAUGUGCUAAUAUUUUGCUAAUAUUUAGCUUGGAGCUAAACAUAAAUUAAAUAUAUAGCUUGGUCAUUAAAUAUUUAGCUAAAUAGUUUGUAAACAACAUAUUUAGCAUGCCAACUUGCUAAAACUUUAGCUUGGAGCGAAAUAUUUAUCUUGCUAACUUGUUAAUAUGAGCUAACUAUAAGUUUGGGAGCUUAAUAUUUAGCUAGCUAACUUACUAAUAUUUAGUUAAACUAAACAGUUUGUAAAAAAACAUAUUUAGCUUGUUAACUUGCUAAUAUUUAGCUCAGAACAAAUAUUUCACUGAUAAGCUAAAUACUUAGCUUACUAGCUUAAUAGUAAGCUAAUUAGCUGGUAAAUAUUAGUUAGCUAAACGUUAGCUUACUAAUAUUGAGAGAUCUAAAUAUUAGUGAAUAUUUAGCUUACUAAUUAAAUUGAGCUAAUUAUUUAGGUUAGUGGUAAAUAUUUAGCUUGCUAGCUGAGCUUAGUUUUGUACUGUAAUCUUAAUAUAUGAACGAAUAACGUGGUGAAAAUGUGACUUUGAGAAAAUGUGUAUUUUUCCCUCUUAUGACAAGCUAAAUAUAAACUUUUUGCUUUUAAUUUUGAUUCUGUAACUUUACAAACGGCACCUUUUGAGAACAUGCUUGAUUAAACAUAGUAAAAUAUAUGUUUAGGUGAUGUCUCCUGUUGAAAAAUAAAUGAUUGUAGCUGAUAUUAUUUUUCAAUAUCUAUCAAAAAUGGUCAAACUAAAAGGAACCAGAAUGAUCUGGAGUUGAAUAUGUAAAAAUAUAACCUUCAUAAUAUCGCCUUUUUUU